CGCGGUUGAUUUGAACGCCAGUCGGUUGGUGUGUGAGUUGCGGAGAACAUCGCGGGAACACUUUCUCCGAUUUCAAACGUAAAAAUGCCUUCAAAUUUUCCGAAACAAAUAAAAACGGCUGCAGCAGAAGCUGAUUAAGAAUGUCGGACUCCAACGCCACUGACCCGGCGUUCAGGGUGAUCACUCCUGGAAAGGCAAACUUCAUGAUAUGGAGAGUUGAGAACUUUGAACUGAAAGCCAUCCCACAGACGAACUAUGGAAGUUUCUACAAGGGUGAUGCCUACGUUGUCUUCAGUUCUGGGACUUCCAAGACUGAUAUGUACGUGCACUUCUGGGUCGGGGAGGACUGUUCGCUGGAUGAGGCUGGUGUAGCGGCUUUCAAAGCAGUAGAAUGUGAUGACUAUGUAGGUGGUGCCGCCACUCAGAGGAAAGAGACACAAAAUCACGAAUCUUCACAGUUCCUUUCUUACUUCAGAGAGGGAUUACGGUACAAGGAUGGUGGGUGCGCAUCAGGAUUCCGUCAUGUUGACUCCGAGAAAUUCGAGCCACGUUUGUAUCGAGUGAAAGGCAAGCGAUAUCCCCGGUGUACGCAGAUGGUGAUAGAAUGGACUUCGUUCAAUGAGGGCGACUCGUUCGUUGUGGAUCUGGGCAAGCUGAUCUUCGUUUGGACGGGCAAGGAAUCGAGCCGGUCAGAAACUCUCAAGGCGAUGGAUUUUGCGAGGAAGUUGAGGGACGACCGUGGCCAGCAGGCGUGUCCGGUCGUCAUUGAGAGUGGACAGGAGAAUUCAAUGACCGAUGAUGAAAAACAGCUUUGGGAACAGUUCCUGCCGUUGUCUGGCAGAAAUAUCAAGUCUUCAUCGGAAGCUGGCGAGGAUGAAAAGUUUGAACUUAAGAUGACCAAUCAGAUCAAACUGUACAGAUGCAGCGAUGCUGGAGGUACCCUUACGGUGACGGAGGCAGCAGUUGGACCAUUGAAGUUUGAGAUGUUGGAAUCAAAGCCCAAAACUGGCAGUAUGGAUGUGUUUAUUGUGGACAACUGCGAGGCCGGUGUCUGGGUUUGGGUUGGCAGGGGUGCGUCCAAGACUGAGCGACGGGAGUCCAUGAAGAAUGCAAUGAACUUUGCCAAGAAGAAAGGGUACAGUGCGAACACGUCCAUCACUCGAGUGGUUGAAAAUGGUGAAUUAUCUGAAUUCAAGAUGCUGUUUAGGAAUUGGCCAAAACCAAAAUACAGUGGCAAGACUCACACAACUGGAAGAAUUGCUCAAAACAAAUGGACACGUAGCGUCCAGAUGAAGUUCGACGUUGGAUCGAUGCACGAGAAUCCUUCUCUGGCGAGUGAAUUCAAGAUGGUGGAUGAUGGUUCUGGCAGUGUACAGAUCUGGCGAAUUGAAGACUUCAAGAAAGUUCCUGUCGACAAAAAGAUGUUUGGGCAGUUCUUUGCUGGUGACAGUUACAUCAUCCUCUAUACGUAUCAGGUCAACAACAAGGACCGACACUUGAUCUACUACUGGCUGGGUCGCAAGGCCACAACUGAUGAAAAGGGAUCGGCCGCAUUGCUGACGGUGGAGCUUGAUGAUGCUUAUGGAGGCGAACCUGUCCAAGUGCGAGUUGUCCAGGGCAAAGAACCACCUCACUUCCUCGCCAUAUUUGAAUCCAAAAUCAUCAUCUUCGACGGUGGUAAGGCUGGCUGGAGUAAAGAGGAGAAGGACCAGGAUAUCGGAGAGUCUUACCUGCUGCGGGUGGCUGGCACACAUAAACUCAACACCAAGGCUGUACAGGUUCCGUUGCGUGCAUCUUCCCUCAACUCCAACGAUGUGUUUAUCCUCAAGACCAAGACGGCACUCUACAUCUGGUCUGGCAAGGGUUGCACAGGAGACGAGAGAGAAAUGGCCAAGAGUGCAGCCUCCUGCCUCACUUCCAGAUCACCAGCGAUCAACCUUGAAGGCCACGAGACUGAAGACUUCUGGAAAGCGCUCGGUGGCCGCGAGGCAUAUUCUAACGACAAGCGACUACAGGAAGAGAAACCAGAACAUCCACCAGUCCUUUACCAUUGUUCCAACGCCAAGGGUUACUUCAGUGUCGAGAGGAUACCAGAUUUCAUUCAGGAUGAUUUGGUUCCAGAAGAUGUGAUGAUUCUGGACACGUGGGAUCAGGUUUUCAUCUGGAUCGGUGACGGCGCCAAUGACGAGGAGAAGCAGAAAUCGAAAGAAGUUUCUGUGGAAUAUGUUGAGAGCCAUCCUGCGGGCCGUGAUGUUGAUGAUGUGACCUUCAGCACCGUGAAACAAGGAUUUGAACCACCUACUUUUACUGGUUUCUUCCCGACAUGGGAUGUCAAUCUAUGGAGCGGUGGUAAGACGUACGAAGAGCUGAAAGCAGAAUUUGGGCAGAUGAAGAUUGGGGUGCAGGAGGUCAAUGCCAAUGAAGUGUUGAAUGGGUCAUCCGAUGAAGGUUUCUAUGACGUGAAGAAGUUUUCUUACGCAGAGCUGUCCAGUGGAUGUCCUGAUGGUUGCAGGGCGGAUCAGAAAGAGAUCUAUUUAACAGAUGAAGAAUUUGAGCGCGUUUUCAAGGUCAGCUACUCCGAGUUUUUGACGAUGCAGCCAUGGAAACAAACACAACUGAAAAAGAGGUUCAAACUAUUCUAGGAGACUGGUGCUGCCGCGGAUGAUAAAGUGGGGAAUGCUGGAACUGGUCAAUGCAUGAAAAUUUGAAAUUGAACUUGAAUUGUGAUAAGAAACAGCUGAUGAAAAGCGUUGAUGUGUUAGACGUGGAAAAUUGUGAAUCGGUGUAUUCUUUUCAGAUGUCGCUUUUGACGUUUUUGGUUUCCGCCCUUUUUGUGUACGGAUAAAAAUUGCAUUCCAUCUCCGGAGAAUUAGGAGACAGUUCCAUUCAUCCCUAUUGUAUACUCAAUUGGUACAUUCCAUCCAUUGUAUUUAUUUCAUAUCAGUCUAUCAUGGUGAUAGGGGUGCAGAGAUAAUGCGCUACCAUUUUUUGCUUCUUGUAGUUUUGGAGUAGUAUAUUAUUUUUUUGUCUCUUUUCACGAUGUCAUUUUUUAUACAGGCAUAUAAUCUUUACGAUGGUCUCCUUUAACUUGGAAAAUAUUUAGUGAAAGUAAUUUUAAUAGGGCACUAGACUAGCUAGCCCUUGACUUUCAAGAAAAAGGGCAAGUUGGAGAAAGUUGGGGAAAAAAAUUUUUACCCACAAGAAAAAUUUAACAUAAAACGUUGCAGUUCAUCACUCUUAUAGCACUGCCAAAAGGUGCUGAUCAGGAACUUUCAUAUGCAUGUCAUGUCAAUAGGAUUCGACAAUGAUAUUUUCGGGCCGAUAUCUGUAUUCUGCAGAUGUCGUCAUCAUAAGCCUUGACCCAAGUCAUAAUCGGUACUGUGCAUGUCUAGUAAGAGCUCAGAAUUUUUCGCCAACUAAUUGUGUUACUGACAUAUCAUGACCAUACGCAUCUGCAGUUUACAUUUUUUCACUGAAAUUAAAUGUUGUAGAUUGAUAUGGAAUAUCCAAGGAGUUUACAAGAAACUGCCAUGUUUCUGUUUUUUUUGUUGUUUUUUUUAGUUUGCCGAUGUAAAAUGUCUUAGAUCUGAUGUAUAUUAUGGAGUUUUUGAAUGUAGACAGUUUGUUAGAGGUUAAUGAGUACCUACAUAAUUAUUAUCAUGAGCAACAGCUGGGCUUUUUUGAGUACGAGAGUUGAUUUCUCAUACAGGAAUCUAUCCGGGGAAAUCUGAGUGAAACUUCCGGUAAUUCUAUAUGAAAUUUGUUGGAAAAUCUAUGGAGAACUUCUAUGGAAAUCUUCAUUGGUCAAUUCGGAAAAAUUGUUUUCCGGGAAAUCCAUGUAAAACGUUCCCGAAGAGAUCUAUGAGGAAAUUCCCGGGAAAAACCAUGUAGAACUUCCCUUAGCAAAUGUAUCGUGACCUCUAUGCAUCUUACACUGAAUCCUACAAUAUAUCUUCAAUUGAAUUUAACAAAACUUCUUCAAGAUUUUUGUAAAUAGUGUGUGCGUUGAUUAACACUUUGAUGGAAAAUUCUUAGUAAAGUGCUGAACAUUUCUAAGUUUAGCAUACCUAAAUCUGGUUAUGAAAAGGAAUUACUGAUUAACCUUAGCUAUGAUGACAAUAUUCCUUUAUAUUUUGCUCUGUGAGUCCUCAUUGAGUCACACCAGUAGGUUUCUUAACUUCGGGUAAAUUUCUGUGUCCAGCCCUUUGUAACAGAUUUUGUCAUUAGACCUUGUUCAUUUCUACUUAAAAGUAUUGUUAUUGGUGUUUUAUAGGACAGGUUCUGUGCAAAUGAAUAGAUUUAGUUAGUCUUUGUACAUACAUCAACAUGUGCAUCCCCGCUUUGGUCCAGCACUUUUUAAAGUUAAACUAAAGUCUUGCCCUAUUGUUUCAUUCUACUUAGAUUAGGCCACUUGCCUUUGAUAAACUUUGCCUUUGCAUUACGCCCCAGAGAAAUACUCAAUCUGUAUUCUAUCACUAUCUAACACAUAUCUUGAUAAUUUCUCCUUGGUUUUUAGUUUUAUGCAUGAGUUUACAAUACGAUUACAAUAUAUUCAAAUACUUGAAACACGCCACUCUAGGUCGCACUGCUCAGAGCAUGGAAAAACCUCCUGCUUGAGGUUUAAUGUGUUUUUUGUGCAAUAUCCCCUCGAUGUAAUGCUCAAUGUGACUGAUAGCUAAUUUGCACCUUCUCUGAGUGAAGACAUCUAAAUGAAGUGGGUUUGGUCACAAUUAUUUACUGUUUUAUGUUUUUCCAAUUUUGUCCAAAAACCCAAUAGUUGACUAGUUAGCAUAUCAAAAUAUUGUAAACACAGUAUUAAGUCGGCACUGCUCUAGAAAUCUUCCUAGCCUUCCAGAACCCAAACCGUCAUCCCUGUCAGACCUGCCUUCCACAAUGUCAUCUGCUUGUCCUGUUGUCUUUUUCUCAUAAUAAAUGGCAGGUCUGACUGUGAUGAAUACUGUGGUACAUAUCUUCCAAUUUGUCGAUAACUGACGCCAUGUUAAAUGUUUAGGGCCAAAUUCAUAAAGGGCGUUUAAGGGUUAGACGUGUGUAACUUUUCCCUGAUCAGUUUCAGGGCCUAUUCAUAUUCUGUGAAGAUUUACAUGAAGGACCUGAAUAUGUCUAUUCAGUAGUUAAACGCUGUUUUAAGGUAAACGCCCUUUAUGAAUUUGGCCCUUAGUUUUUUGAGUGAUAUCUUUGUCUUCUGUUGAUCUGUCUUGUUUCCGCUUGUUGUUAUUUGAAAGUGGCUGAAUUCACUCUCAGCUGCCCGUCAAGGGACAGUGGAUGUGAAAUAGGUAUCUUUUCUUUGAGGACAGUUGAUGUGACUAUAGGUGUCCUCCUCUUGUUCUGUUUUUAGGCUAAAAGAGUAAUUUUUCGAAAUCCUUGCAUACUCUUUUCGAAUAUGUUGAACCUAGUUAAGAGUUAUUGUAAUUCUUGAAGUGUUUCAUCAAAACAAAGUGUACUUUCAAGAAAAAUAUUUUGGCCUUUUUUCUGCCAACGCAUUUAUUCCUUCAUUUUGUCUUAAUCUAUGAUAUGAUAUAUUACUGGCACAUGUAUAAGAAGUGGAUGAACAACCUGUCCUUACAAAUAUUACAAGUGUGAAAAAUUAUGUUUACAAUAUCAUUGUAUCUUUUGUAUGUGCUUUUGUAGCGAGUUUUGUCCAGAUUUUUGUCGAGCUUUUUCCAACUUUGUCGUGUACAUGUACAUUGAAGACUCGUCAGAUAUUACAUAUCAAGAAAAUAUUUGCAUUUUGUAUUAUUUUAAGUCCUUUUUGUAGUGAUAUCAACAAUCUCCUCAUGUUUUUAUCAUCAUUUGUCAUUUAGAGGUUCAGUAGAAAAUGUGUUCCCUGAAAGUGAUCUUACCCCAGCAUUCUUCAUUUGUGUUGGAUGUCCCGCAGCCCUGAUAAAUGACUCAUGCUUUUUAUGCAUAUUGAAGUCGCUUGUAUUGCUUAUCACUACCUGUAGAAUUAAUAGUUUGAUGCACACGGGCGACUUAAUCCUGAGAAACAGAAAAACAGCAUUACUGAGUGUUAAAGAUGAGUUGGGUGACGACUCGGAUAUAGGAAUUUUUGCUUUGCUCGUCUGUGUGCAUAAUUUAGCCUAACCAAAGACGUAGCCAGAGAGGUUGCAAACAAGCCCCCUUGGAAAAAACUCAAUGAAAUUGUCGGAGAAAUGUCUUGGAGCUAAAAUUUAAGCUUAAAUAGAAUGUUAGGUUUUCAGAAACGACUAUGAAUUGCUGUCUUAUUGUAAAAAUGAUAGUCUUUUGAAAAUCCUGGCUACGCCUAUGAUAAUAAUCAGCAGUUUCGAGUGUUAAGGAGGCUUUAGGAUCAAAACUCAUUCCAGCCUGAAGCUAUUACAAUGUGUAUUGAGGCCAACUUGGAUGUACUUAACUACGGUAAUGUUUAUUCGAUUGUUUUCCACAUUCCAUGAUUGUUAUAUAUCAUGUAUGUAGACUCUCUUCGAAAUAUAAUGGGAAUUAUACAGAUAUGAAAUCUGAAAGAAAAUGA